AUGGCCAGGUGGGACCAUGCCGCCCUUGGAAUACCCCACUUGGUACCUAGCGGACACCUCCAUGCCGUCCAGGUAGCCUCGCAAGAGCUCCAUGCAGCCUUCCAGACCCUCGUUUCCUCGGAGGCUCAACGCGGCCUCAUCUGCACCAUCACCAAAGAAUCCCUCACCCCGCUCACCGUCCUCAGUCCAGCUACUUCCACGUUCUCUGACGAUCUCUCCCUCCUCGCACCCCAUCUAGAUCCUAGGGUAGCUCUUUACAUCAUCCUGCGACGUUAUGCUAGCUCCGAAACAGCUCCUUUCAUCGCCAUCACAUAUGUUCCAGAUUCCGCUCCGGUCCGACAGAAGAUGCUAUUCGCAUCUACUCGCUUGACAUUGGUCCGGGAGUUGGGAAUUGAGAGGUUUCGCGAGACGAUAUUUGCGACCACGAAAGAAGAGUUGACGCCACAGGGCUUCGAAAAGCAUGAUAAGCACGUUGGUCUUGCAGCACCUUUGACGGAAGAGGAACAUAGUUUAGGAGAGGUGAAAAGAAAGGAAGCAGAAGAGGGCAGGGGUAUGAACGAAAGGAAGAGCCAUGUUAGUUCGGGAGUGAGCAUGCCGAUCAGCGAUGAAGCUGUGGAGGCUUUGCGAGGCCUUACAAGUGAUAGUGGGAAUAGUCUGGUUCAGCUGGUUCGUUUUGUCCUGAUUAUCUUCUCGGAUAAACUACUAACUUGCUGA